AUGUACCUGAUUAUUUCGUCUUUAAUCUCUGUCUUUGCCACGGUCCCCAUCUUCCUUUGCCUGUUGGUCUUCGGGGCUCCUAUUGGAUCUCUGACUGAGGAAACAGCUUUUCUGGCUUUGCAUCUGUCAUUCCUGACAGUUUUCCCUCUUCUUCUAGUUUACAAGUUCACCGAUCCAGACGCAAGAGAUACGUGGAUCCGGUUGCUCACGUUUCAGGUGCCAGCAUUCUACAGAAAUCAGAUCUAUUUGCAGGCUAUGGGCGCGCUCGCGGGUUGCUGGUUCGGUGUGUUUCCUAUCCCUCUUGACUGGGAUAGAGAUUGGCAACAGUGGCCAAUCACUUUGCUCGCAGGUGCCUACGUGGGGUCGUUUGCCGGAAGUUUGAUCGGCUACCUUUAUAGCAUAUUUGAAUAG